AUGGCUAAUCAGGUCUCACAAAUACUCAUCACUGUUCUGAUCCUAUCAGUCUUUUACAUCCAGUUCGGUUCUGCUUUGAUCUGUUGGACAUGUGAUCCUUGUCCGGAACCAUUCACUAACACAUCGACAACAACGUCAAUUCGUGCUGCUAAUUGUUCAAGCUCGAAUACAAUCUGUGUGAAAAACACCGUUCGUAUCGUCAAUCGAUCACCUCAAAUCUCGAAAGGAUGCGUAUCUAGCUGCACUCAAAGUGGCUCAAACUCAUUUGGAGUCGGUGCUUUCGUUGAUUGUUGUAAUACAGAUUAUUAUCACGAAGUCGAACUAAUUGAAAUCUUGUACGAUGAUGAUGAUGAUGAUAAAAUGAAAAAGAAUACUAACACAGAACAAAAAAAUGUAACAUCUAUGGCAAUUAUCAGCAGAUAG